AUGGCGGAUCUCGUACCACCCUCGACGAGGGGACAAGUUGACGAGAAAGUUGAUUACUCGAACCUCCCUUGUCCUGUUGGAUAUGACGAGGUCUCUAGCGAAGCUUUCGAAGCUUUAAACCCGGGUUAUUUCAAGGGUUUAUCUUUCAACUACUGCCCAGCCUUUUUUGAUGAAAAGUUUUACAUCAGUUCAACGGUAGUGCCAGUAGCACUUUACAAGCUUGGUGCCUACUACUUUAACACAAAGCUAGAGUUUACUGGCGAUGUUACUGCUGAUACAUUAACUGUGAGAGUGAAAGCCGUUAUAACUGAUAAGUUGAUUGUGUGGGCAGAUACACAGCUAAUAAAUGGGACACGUUUGGACAUGAAACUAGUCUCCUUAGAAUACAUGGGUCUAAACUACAGAGCUGAAUUUGAACUCGGGAGUAAAGGCCUAAUGGCAGCAACAUAUAUACAGCGUGUGACACCUCGUCUGUCUUUGGGUGGUGAGCUCUUUUGGGCCAGUGUGCGUCAAAAGUCGGGUGUAGGUUAUGCUGCAAGAUACGAGACUCCUACGAUGGUCGCCUCUGCCAAAGUUGUUAGCAGUGGUGAUGUACUUAUGACCUAUGUUCAUAAGAUUUCAAAGAAGGUUUCACUGGCCACUGAUUUUGCGUACAAUUGCUUUUCGAGAAAUGUUAACGCAAGUGUUGGGUAUGACUGCCUUUCUAGAAUGUCUCGUGUUCAGGGAAAGAUUGAUUCUAACGGUGUUGUAUAUGCCAUUCUUGAAAAGAAAAUAAACAUGGGACUUGGAGGUGUUCUAUCCGCAAUUGUGGAUCAUAAGAACAAGGAUUACAAACUUGGUUUGAGCUUAUCAUAUGGCUCACCAGGCCACCCAAUUCAUGAUGUUUGAUCCCCUUUGUUUUCAAGUCAGUUAGGAUGAGAUACCCUCUUACGUACAUAAUCUUAGAGAUGGACAGUGGCAAUAACAAGAUGAGUCUACCUAGGUACCUGGUGAUAUAAUUAGCAUAAAGCUUCGUUUAACUUCUUUGAGUGCACUAUGUAAAGACUGUCUC